AAAAUGAAUCGAACACGCAACCUACUGAUCUGGAGUCAGACGCGCUACGACUGCGCCACAGAUCCUUUCUUGUUCAAAAAUGCCGUAAGAAUAUCUCAUUAAAAGGCAAAAGAGGAAGAAUUUAGAGAAGGGAGAGUGACAGACAGAGAGAAUCAUCAUGAGCUCCGGCGAUUUCAAACCCGUAGCACCAACAGAAACCCUAGAAAUGGAGAACGGGAUCUCAGUUGUACCUAGAGUUAAGCUUCUACUCACAAUCUACCGUUCUGAUCACUCAGUUAAACCCAUUGAUGAACGGCAACUCAAACUUUCACUUCUAGACUACCUAAAGGAGAGUACAUUCACACCCCCUCUCACUAUCCCUGAAGAAGAUCUUGAAAUUCAUUGUUUUAAAGAUAUUAAGAAACGCAAACGUGAAGCUCCUGUUGCUUCUGGUACUCUUUAUGUCAGAGACUUAGGGUUUAUUCAUCACGAUGAAAAACAAUUGUUGGAGAAAAAAAGUGAUACUGAUGGUGAUGAAGAAGAGUGGAACAAGGGUUUAGAGAAGAGAUUCUUUGAAUGGAGAAAUUCUUUUGUUAAAAAACUGGAUGGGGUUGAGUUGAGUCUUCAAGGUGUCAAGUUCAAGGCUAAUGCUGUUCUUCCAAUUUCUGAUGAUUUUGAUCGGAUGAAGAAAUCUUGGGAGGGCUUUUAUGCUUUUAAUUCUCGAGGUGUUUUUGCAAGGACUCGAAAGCGGCAACCAGAUACACUGAUACUAAGAGGGGUUCUAUCGAGAUGGUUUGCGGAAACAAGUGUUUCAUCGGAGCCUUCUGUGCUAGUCAGUCAUUCAAUUUUUUCAGUGUUUGGAAAAAUAAGGAAUCUUAAUGCUGCUGGGGACUUUGAUCUAGUUAAGAAUGGGAAGAGCAUUUUCUCUGGUCUGCAGUGCAAGAUAGUAGUUCAGUUUGAAAAGUAUGACGAUUUCUGCAACGCUAUGAAAGUGUUGUGUGGGCGUUCAAUGCAAAAGCAAGGGUCAGGUCUGAAAGCCGAAUACGAGGUGACUUGGGACAAAGGUGAGUUUUUCUGUAACUCACUGCAAAGAAACGGUCCACUGCAGGAUAAUGUAGAAGUAGAAGAGUAUAACAGCAAGCGUCCAAGUAUUCAUUCUCGUCUUACACAAAAUGAUUCAGAAGGCUUGCACCCAAUGGUAUACAAGGUUGAAUUUCCACGCUGCAGAUUUUUUCCAAGCAGCCCAUGAACUCCAGCAAUCAGCUCCUGCUCAGAAUUACUCCCCUUGUUACGGGAAAAGUGAUACUUCCACUUCUUGAAUUUGGCCUAUUUUUUUAGGCAAAAAUGAAAAAGUGAAAAUAUCACUUUCCCUGAAACGGAGGUAGUAAAGUUAGGUUAGUAAAAUGAAGGCACUGCGAAUGUAAUAGAGGCGAUUGGUUGCAGCAUAAAGAAUCUGAAACUUGGCCACGAUUAGUUGUGGCGGAAGGAGAUUAUAUUUUGAUUGAAUACUUAGUACUUGUGCACCACACUGAUUAUUGGGAAGAGUUGAUAUAAGCAAGACAGUAUAAUGCUCAUUUGAAAGCUCUCA